UCAGUCCAGUCCUUCUUCCUUACUUCAAACUCUAAAUACACACUAACACACACGCACUGUCUUCCUAACACACACACACACACGAACACACAGCGCCAGACGCGUCUUUUCAUUCCAGGAGACUCAGAAGACUUGUUGGAUGUUACCAAGAGCUUUUUCCUUCCUUUUUUUUAAUUUAGUUGGGCGACCUUUACAAGCGUGAUACUACUUUCCACGUUUUUCCACACUUUCUAUCUGAGGUGACAACUUUCUGUGUGUGGAUUUUUUUUUCUCUUACUUCAGCGGAUUCUCAGCGGAGCUAAUGAGGAGAGACGCGGUUUAAUUGCAGAUCAAAUUUUCCCGGAACGCGCACUUGGAUAAAAUCAGCGUUUGAUUGACAGCAUGAACGCGUCCAUGAAAUAAGUCAUUCAUCAGGACAAAAGGAUUUCAAGUGACCGUCUCAGUGUAGCUUCUCCUCUCGGGGAGUGAAGAUGUAUCGGACUGUGUGUGUGGCUCUGCUGCUGACAACUGUGGUUUCCAGCAGCCAGUCCUGUCCCAGAAGCUGUAACUGCUACCAAGCCAACGAAGUCCACUGCACUUUUCGCUCCUUGGUCACUGUACCACCUGGACUGCCUUUGCAUACACGACGCAUUAACUUAGGCUUCAAUAGCAUCAGCAGGAUCCAUGGCAGUUCACUGACUGGACUUAAGAGGGUGGAACUUUUCAUGCUCCACAGCAAUGACCUUCACCAUCUGCCAGAUGCAGUAUUCAAAGAUAUGAAAUCACUGCAGAUACUCAAGCUGAGUUACAACAAGCUGAGAGAGAUCUCUUCAUCUCUGACCUUCUCUGGCCUGACCUCACUGCUGAGACUGUACUUGGAUCACAACCUGCUCCAGUUUAUCCAUCCCCGCGCCCUACUCCAGCUGCCUAGCCUCAGGCUGCUGCGUCUGCAAGGGAACAGGCUACAUCAGCUGCACCCUCACACACUGUGCACACUGUCCCUUCUGAAUACCUAUUACUUUUCUACACUAAGGCACCUAGACCUGUCCAACAACAGUCUGACCACACUGGCCAAAGACACCUUAGUGACAGCACCCCUGCUUGAGACUGUUGUGCUGCAGGCUAAUCCAUGGAGUUGUGACUGUAGGAUGAACUGGCUUCUCCCUUGGAGUGUGGCUCACCCAGGUUUAAUGAAAUGUCCCGGUGAUCCUCAGUGCCCAACCUGUGCAUCGCCCAAUUCCCUUCAAGGGCAGGGCUUGCUUGAUCAGAUUGACCUAUUGUGCAGAUCCCCUGUUAUCCCUUUUCCAGGCAGAAACAACCCAUCGGAAACAGAACUCAGUGAAAUCCAAUCAAGUGAGACCUUCAGAGAACCUUUAGGCAGUGCCUUCUUGGGUCUGUCUGACCAACAAGGGAACAAUGUUGAUUUGAGCUGUAACAUUACCCUCUCUUCCGACACUCAGGAUAUUGCUCUUGCUCAGGAUCUUUCCCUUUCCUCUUCCUCUCCUAUCCCUCUUGCUCUUUCGCUCUCCUUGGAAUGCCCUGUAGAGACAGAGAGCUAUGAAAUACUAUGGAGAAUCCUUGCUUACUACAGUGAGACUGCUGUUCAUCUCGAGAGGGAAAUCAUGCUGAGUAAAGACCCUGAGUGGGCCUACCGCUACAAACAGGCAGCAGAAACAAAUGGAUAUUAUCACACCGGAGUCAGAGCUUCUGUUAAAAUGAAACUGCAGUGGCUACUACAGCCUGCUGUCAGCAUUCAGCUAAACAGAGCACAGUCUAAUGGACACAAAGUUCAUCUUAUAUACUCAACAAGAGUAUCUGCUCACCCUGACCCGACAUCUAGUCCUUUAAAACCUCACCUUGCUUCUCAGCCAUGGGUUUUAAUCUCAACUAACCAUACUAUUACAGCAAUGGCAGCAGUAUCAGGCAGUAAGGUGGAGCUCUCCUGCCCUUUUCUAACUUCUGGUAACCCCAAAGUAAAAUGGAUUCUUCCAGAUGGCUCCAAGCUCAUCUCUCCCUCCAGCAGCCUGGAUGGUAGGCUCCGAGCCUCAUCCACUGGUUUACUUCUACAAAAAUUGCAGCUCUCAGAUGCUGGACUUUACUACUGUGUAGCCCAGGCUGGCAGGGAUAUAGAUGUUCUCCCCCUGCGCCUGGCAGUGGAAGAGUCCGCUGUCCCACCUUCAGGAGAACAACUGGGGCCACCUGUCACUGGAAACGUUGGGGAACCUGUCAGUCUGUCCUGCAAAGCAUUGGGUUCACCAGCUCCUUAUUUGAGUUGGGUGUUUCCCGAUGGAACUAUAGUGCCGUCUGAAUCAGCUCUAUCAAGCAGAUUCACUAUACAACCAAAUGGGAGUCUCUCUCUGCCUGACCCUUCUCUGCGGGAUGCUGGUUAUUACCGCUGCAUUGCAGUCAACCAUUAUGGUAGUGACUCUCUCUCCAUGAAAUUGGAAAUAAAACCAAAGCAUCCUCCUGCACUUAGGGUGCCAUAUCCCAGAGGUCCACAGUCAGCUGCUGGCCGGUCAACCAAGAUACGAGCCCCUUUACUCCGUCAGAUGUUGGAAGGUUCCGGUGAUGAAGAGGAGGAAGAAGAGAAAACUUUUCUUGACAAUAGGAAACACCCCAGACCUCACCAACGUCUGCCUAACAGGCGUUAUCCAAUGGUAAAACCCGGAAGACGUGGGCCUAUGAGAGAAGGCCCCCCGAGAAGAGGAGGAGGAGGUUCUAUUACUUCCACUGACCAGAGAAGAAACCGCUUUGACACCAGACAUAGAGUUGCCACUAACAAACAAAGAAUAGACCCUCAGAAAUGGGCAGAACUACUGGCUAAAAUACGUCUAAAGACUGCUCACACGGAUAACAGCCAAUCCACCACAGCAGAAGAGCCCACAGCUGAUCCUAUGGGAAGAGACAAAGACAGAGACACAUCAAUAGACAAGGCAGCAGAUAAUACAGAGCAAGGUACAUCAGAGGAAGCAGGGGAGGAUGCAGAAAUUGAAGGAUCCUCUGUUGAUGACACUGUUCUACAAGAGGAAGGCCUACAGCCCAUUCAUCCUGUCCUCACAGAGAUGCACACACAUUCAGAUACAAAAACAGACACAGAGAUUGAGGGAGGGAGAGAGACAUCAACAGAACCACAGACCAACAUAGAGGCCAAGACUCAUACACAAACUCAGACCUCAGGUCCAAAGACAGUGACGGUGACAAACCCAGAGACACAUCAAGAACUGGUGUCAUCACAGCCAAUUUCUAAAAGUAAUGAAAUUGUUCUAAAACCAGUAGAGGGAAUUGACAGAAUAGAAAACCCCAACCCACCUCUAUCCAGGCCUCAGAGUCCACGGCAGAGACUCUUACCAAAUAUGGUUCCAAAUUCUCGACCUCAAAGACCCUGGAACACUCGCAGGAGGAUUGGACAGCAGAGACGAAUCAUCAAUAGGCCCAGGGUGCAACCUUUGACUCCACCCCGACCUCUUCCUGACUCUUCACACCAUAGGUCACAAACAGCAACACCUGACACUACCAUAGAUCAAAGUAAUAUGUUGCUGGCGCCAACAACAAUUCAGUCUACAAGGAAUGACCAAAUUAAGACUCUUCCGAGUGGUGUUAAUCUUUUGUCUCCCCAUAUUUCAUAUUCUCCUGUUAUCGCAACAUCAGAAUCUGGCUCCAACUCAUUAACUUCUUCUGCCACCCCCUUUACCUCAUUGUCGCCUUCUCACAUAAAGCCACAUAUAGACAUUAUGACUCACGCAGCUGAUGUCCAAGAGACUGCAGAGUCCACUCUCGUCAAACCAGUGACACUAGCACCCACUGACUCGAAUAUUGUGAUCUCACAGACAUAUGUGUUAGACACACAUGGCAUACAGACACGCAGAAAGCCACACAUAGCCUUAGAAAAACAUGUUCUUAAAGCUUCAAGUAAAGACAAUGAGGAGCAGGAAAGGAAUUUGUUGGGUAUGACAUAUAAAUCUCAUUUCACCACACUUUCUUCCACUUACUCCAUUGUUGCCACAACUGCUUCCAGUCCAACUACUGCAAAAACAUCAAUUCUUCCCUCCACUCUUUUUACUAGUUCUGCCACAAGUACAACCCCUAUCACAACAAGUGAGGACACAGUUCCCACAACAGCUACUCUUGUGACAACAAAUCCAAUCAAGUUGAGUACAGCCACUGCUUUUAUUCCACCAUCUAGCACUACCAGUAGUAUGACACCUGCUCCCACCUCCACUACUACCACAACUCCAGUUGUUACAUCAACUACUUCCACAACCAUGAUGACUUCUUCAACUGGCCCUUCCACUACCUCUACUACUACAACUGCCGCUACUAAAACUGAAAGCUCAAUACAAGCUAUUCUCACAACUCCAAACCACAGUACAACUACUGCGAUAUCUACUACUCCUACUACCAGUACUAAAAUGAUCACCUCAGCCACUCCUAAGGCACCUACUUCUAUUUCAUCAACCACCAUAACAAUGACUUCAGCAAGUACCAGAGCGUCAUUCAGAGAGAGGCCAAGUGGUGGUCGAGUUAACACCCAAGGGAGGCCCAUUUCUGGGGCUCAAAACCAUAAUCGAUCUCCUGACUGGAGGAAGCCUGGAGCUAAUUUUAUUCCUGAUUCACACCGCAGCAGACCACAUUGGUCCCCUUCACUCCCUGCUGUCCCCGGGGCCCCAGUUUUGAGGUCCAGACCAAGAAUUGCAGACCCACACAUCAGGACAGUGUCAUUCCCAGUAGAAAGCACUGCUAGACUGACAUGUGAAGCUCAAGGAGAGCCAAAACCUUCCAUCACAUGGACCAAGGUUGCCACAGGCGCAGUAAUGUCAAUCCACUCCAAGGCUCAGCGUUUUGAGGUCUUGCCAAAUGGAACCCUUGUCAUUCAGACUGUACAGCUGCAGGACAGGGGCACAUACAUCUGCAGUGCACAGAGCUUCCUGGGUCGUGACAGGUUGCUAACUACUCUGGAAGUGUGGACCCGCCCCCCUCGGAUGCAGCUGGCGAGUUACAGAGAAUCCACCAUUCAUCAGGGUGUAGAAUUGCUUUUAGAGUGCCAGGCAGAUGGUAUUCCUGCACCUCUACUGUCUUGGGUUCUGCCUGAUCGCUCUGUCCUAUCAUCCUCUGACCCCCCCACUGGUCGCAUCUUUAUGGACACAAAUGGGACCCUCCAUAUCUUAGCAACUUUGCCUAGCGACAGAGGAGUGUAUCGCUGUGUGGCCUCCAACUCAGCAGGUGCUGCCAGUUCCUCUGUGCGUGUACAUGUGUCCUCAUUGCCCCCAGUGAUACAGCAACCCAGAGAGGAACACCUGCUUUUGUCUCCAGGGAGGCCUGUUUAUGCUCACUGCUCUGCCCGAGGAGCCCCACCACCAUAUCUGCGCUGGCGAAUCCCAGAUGGGACUCUUGUUCGCCCAUCCCAAUUUCUCCAUGGUAACCUCUUUGUUUUGCCCAAUGGGACACUGCAUAUUCGGGGAGUUGGGCCAAAGGAUUUAGGUACUUAUGAGUGCACAGCAAGUAAUGCUGUUGGUGCUGAUAAAAGAACAGUGAGUGUCAAAAUGGAAGGGGGAGCAAAAGCAGGAAGAAUUGAAGACACAAAACCAGUUGCUACUGAAAAAGCAUCUUCAUAUUCACUCAGUAAAGACAGAAGUUUGUCCAAACCUAGCCACCCUACAAAUCCACUCAACUCACCUAAACUUGCCCCUCCAUUGCUCACUGACAGACCCAGGACUUUGCCAAUCACACCAAACUUUUCCCGCUCCUCCUUUUACCCUCACCAACCAAGCUUCCCUAACUCACCACCUAAAAUAAAUAAAACAGUUGCAAACACUGUAAAUAACUCUAAAAUCGGACCCAAUGUUGUAAACAACACACAAGUUCUUUUUCCCAUUCCCUUUGACAAAAGCAGAACUACAGCUGUUUUGUAUCCAAUGCCCGUCUCCCCCUUUAGUAAAGCCCGUAUCAUCUCUACAUCACCCUCCAUUACUACUGUCCACCAUGGGGGGAUUUUGCAGCUACACUGUUCUGUAACUGGCAACCCAACCCCCAUCAUCAUAUGGAGGAACCCUAUUAGGAAACUGGUGGACAUGAACUUCAGUUUUGACCGCCGUUUGAAGGUGCAUCCCAAUGGUACCCUGUCAGUCCAGGCAGUAACAGAGAGGGAUGCUGGAGAUUACCUCUGCAUUGCACGUAACAAAGUUGCAGAUGAUUAUCGCCUCCUGCGAGUCACUGUGGCUUCGAAGCCUGCCAAGAUUGAACCAAAACAGCCACUCAAUCAGAUGGUGUCAUUUGGCAAACCGCUGAAGAUGGACUGUCAAGCAUCAGGUCUGCCUGACCCAGCUGUUCACUGGAGUCUACCAGAUGGAACCAUGGUGAACAGUGUGUUGCAGGGGGAAGACAGAGGAGGACGAGCACGAAGGCUUACAGUUUUUGACAAUGGAACGCUACUGGUUCCAGCAAUGGGCAUGAGGGAGGAAGGGGAGUACACGUGUUAUGCUGAAAAUCAAGGAGGCCUAGACACCAUGAAGGUCAAAGUGAAGGUCAUGAUGACGUCUCCGCCAGCCUACACAGAGGAGAAAACCUAUCAUAUCAUCAAAGUUCGUCAGGGGGCAACUGCGACCAUUCACUGCCCAUUGAUGGGAGCUCUUGCACCUACAGUGAUGUGGCGCUCCCCAGCCAACCGCAUCAUCCCACAAAGUUUGGGCUCUGGUUUCUAUUCUGAGAGAGUGGUGGUAGUUUCUGAUGGAACUCUGGAGGUGCGUCAGGCACAAAAGAUCGACACAGGAAACUACACAUGUAAAGCAAGCAGCUCAGCCGGGGAGAGGAGCAUGGUAGUGAGCCUGGAGGUGGAGCCUUUUAACCACGUGAUAAGUGGCCAUGUGGGAGGAAGAAAUGCCAUCAGCAUUAAUAAUGCAGGGGUAUCUCAGUAUGGAUUAACCAACGGAUCCUCAAACAAGCUGGGCAUUACAAACACUAACAGUAAUGGACAUGGUAAUAAAAAUGAGAAUAGCAACACUGAACUAAAUGUUGGCAUUAACAUGACAACAAGUCGUUCUAUUCCUUCCCCUACGAUUGAUAAACGAAAUGGAUUCCACAGACCUGUCAGUGGAAUUACGUUUGAUAGCAGUGUAUCCAGUGCUGGGGUGAGUGGGGCAAGCAAUAUAGGCAGUAAAGCAAAUAACAUUGGAAUAAGUAGAAAUGGUCAUGGCAUUGUGAGUAGUAUUAGUAACAGUGUGGUUAACAGUCACAGCACAGUUCCUGGGACUAAUUAUAAUGAGGUAAUUACAGGAAGGGUUACUAAUGAUGAAAACACCAACAGCGACAAUGGCAGGGUAAGUGGCACUUCUAGAAAUGUUGGAGUUAACAGCAGCAUAACGAAUAGUGGAGCUGGUACUGGCAUAUUGAGAAGAAACUGGUUUAGUCAGACUAGCCAUCCAAGCAUUACUGAUGAUGACAGCAAGAAAAGUGAUAUUAUAGCUGCUAGUAAUACUGGCUCUAAAAAUAUUCCUAGCACAGUAGUGGGCGUGGUAACAACAGUAAAGCAGCAAGUUGUGAAAGGUCAAACUGUUCUUUUACCUUGCCCCUCCCAAGGCUCUCCUCCUCCACGUUUGGCCUGGCUUUUACCUGGAAACGGUGUGCUGCCUGCUCCUUACUAUGGCAGUCGACUCACUGUGCACCGGAAUGGCUCCUUGGAGCUGCGAGGUGUGCGGGCGACAGAUGCUGGGACCUUGGUUUGUGUAGUGAGAGGUGAAAAGGGAGAGACAAGGAUACAGGUGGAGCUGGGCAUCUCUGAGUCACAGGAGGAGACCAGAUCUGCACACGGAGCAUUAGCUGUGGAGACACCUGUGCAGAAAGGUACUGGGCUAUCAGAGGCACGUCACUCAGGAGCCACACUGGAUUCCACCCACUCCUUAAGCUCAGUAUUGCAUGAUAAACCUCGCCCAAGGUAUCCAGUUACUCAAAAGCCCCCUCAGAAGAGUCUGAGUUCACCUGCUGCACCACACCCUCUUGGCCCUCCACCCCACUCACCUGGCCCUGUCUUAGAGCCAGCAGCAAGCACCAGAACAGCCUCCUUGGUGAGCAUCAUUAAUGGAGAGACCCUUCGUCUGGCUUGCCCUGCUCCUCAAACCCCAGGAUAUACCCAGGGGUCUCUCUCAUGGAUGACGCCCAGUGGUAACAUGCUGUCACGGGGUGACAGUGGUGACUCAGGUCGAUAUGUAGUCCAAGAGGAUGGAACACUCACUGUGCAAAAGGCGACUGUGUUUGACCGAGGCACGUACACCUGCACAUCCACAAAUUAUGAAUCCUCUUUAGUUUCAGUGAUCAAAGUUCCUGUCAUUGUCAUCGCCUACCCACCGCGUAUUACGACAGGCCCCUCCCCUAUCACCUACACACGGCCAGGGGUUGCUGUGGAGCUGCCCUGUCUGACCAUCGCAACACCCCGAGCGACAGUGACCUGGGAAACACCAGAUCUGACACAGCUGAGGGUGACGGUGCAGGCUCGUAUCUAUGGCAACCGCUACCUUAGUCCCCAGGGUUCCUUGGUGAUACAGAACCCAACAAACAGGGAUACUGGGUUUUACAGAUGCACUGCCAAAAAUGUAAUAGGAGUCGACACCAAGACGACCUAUCUGCAUGUUAUGUAAAUGCACACACACACACACACAGUGGGAAGAUGGAGAUCCCACCAGUCUUCUGUACUGGUGGAUGAACUCCUCUGCUGUUGACACAAUAUGCCCAAAGGAACUGCAAGACUCUGUUGAUACUGAUAAUCUCAGAGAAAAAACUACUAAUAUACAGUAUAUGUCACAUCUAUGUACUUUUAGGUAUAACUUUCCAAUACAGUUUUGUUUUUAUGUCUGACUUUGAGGUCAGGUGCAGAUGAUUUGUCUCUGUAUGAACAUGGUUAUAAAGGAUAGUCUUAUGUUGUUGGUGCUACAUAUCUUCUUGUUCUCCUGGUACUCUGGCUGUCACCUGUCUUGCUGUUUUCUUGCCUUGUGUUAGAGUUUAAGACCAGGAUAUAACAGGAUCAUUGCCUUUACAGCUCCACCUCAUUGGUCCAUAUUUUUAAGCUUGAGAUUCUCCCAGUGACACCCAGCCACUCAUAGACGUUUUUUCUAUCAGAUUCAUACCCACACACGCUGCUGCCAGAGGCAAUUAGGGGUUAAAUGUCUUGCCCAGUAACACACUACAGAGACUGGGACCCCCGACCUUCUGGUUGGAAGACAACCCACUCUAUCCACUGAACCACAGCUUCCCUUGUGAAUAAACUACUAACAUGGUUAUCAUGUCAAACUUCUGCAGGUUUUUAAAGCUUAUCAAGGAUUGUGUGAUUAUUGUUCUUAUUCGUACACAGUCUCACCCACUCACCGUCUCCCAAAAACAAAUAUGCUUUGCUAUGCAUUUGCACAUAUUGAACUACAGUGUAAUAGACACACAAUUGAAUGAAUUAAUAAUAUAGAGAGUCAUCACAGUCAAGAGACUGUAUCACAUAAUAUAAUCCUUUUUAAUCUUGAUGCACAUUUAUAAAAAUAUCCUUGUCCUUCAGUUGUUGCAAAUUAGAACAUAAAUACAACUGAUAAUACAAAUUCAAUAACUCAAUAAUCUUUUGGUUUAAUGUUAAAACUUUAGUACAGCUAUUGGAAGAGGGAUCUUCAUGGCUGUUCUGAUGUAAAGAUUGUAUCAAUGUGCUUUUGACACAACAGUCUGCCUUAAGUUUGUGCACAAAGCAAGUCACUAAUAGCAUAUUUGUUUUCAUCUUGUUCUUAAAUUAUUUGUCUUGUAAUACACCAGUGUUUUGUCAUUAAAUGAGAAACUAAGUAAUUAUGUAUUAUUUGAUAUUUCAAUAGCCAUGAUGAAUGAUUGCAAUAUUUUUAAGUGCUUCAUUUUAUAAAUAAAAAUGGAAAAGAACUAUGUU